AUGGUCUUCCUCUACACCAUGGUCUUCCUCUACACCAUGCUCUUCCUCUUCACCAUGCUUUUCUUCUACACCAUGCUCUUCCUCUUCACCAUGGUCUUCCUCUAUACCAUGCUCUUCCUCUACACCAUGCUCUUCUUCUUCACCAUGCUCUUCCUCUUCACCAUGCUCUUCCUCUUCACCAUGCUCUUCCUCUUCACCAUGAUCUCCCUCUUCACCAUGAUCUCCCUCUUCACCAUGGUCUUUCUCUAUACCAUGCUCUUCCUCUACACCAUGCUCUUCUCCUUCACCAUGGCCUUCCUCUUCACCAUGCUCUUCCUCUACACCAUGCUCUUCCUCUACACCAUGCUCUUCCUCUUCACCAUGAUCUCCCUCUUCACCAUGAUCUUCCUUUACACCAUGCUCUUCCUUUUCACCAUGCUCUUCCUCUACACCAUGCUCUUCCUCUAUACCAUGGUCUUCCUCUACACCAUGGGCUUCCUCUUCACCAUGGUCUUCCUCUACACCAUGCUCUUCCUCUUCACAAUGGUCUUCCUCUUUACCAUGAUCUCCCUCUUCACCAUGCUCUUCCUCUACACCAUGGUCUUCCUCUUCACCAUGCUCUUCCUCUAUACCAAUGGUCUUCCUCUACACCAUGGGCUUCCUCUUCACAAUGCUCUUCCUCUACACCAUGGUCUUCCUCUUCACCAUGGUCCUCCUCUACACCAUGCUCUUCCUCUUCACAAUGCUCUUCCUCUACAUCAUGGUCUUCCUCUUUACCAUGCUCUUCCUCUUCACCAUGGUCUUCCUCUACACCAUGGGCUUCCUCUACACCAUGGUCUUUCUCUUCACCAUGCACUUCCUCUACACCAUGCUCUUCCUCUACACCAUGGUCUUCCUCUUCACCAUGCUCUUCCUCUACACCAUGGGCUUCCUCUUCACCAUGGGCUUCCUCUACCCAUGGUCUUCCUCUUCACCAUGCUCUUCCCCUACACCAUGCUCUUCCUCUACACCAUGGGCUUCCUCUUCACCAUGCUCCUCCUCUUCACCAUGCUCUUCCUCUACACCAUGCUCUUCCUCUGCACCAUGCUCUUCCUCUGCACCAUGGCCUUUCCCUACACCAUGCUCUUCCUCUUCACCAUGCUCUUCCUCUACACCAUGGUCUUCCUCGUCACCAUGGUCUUCCUCGUCACCAUGCUCUUCCUCUUCACCAUGCUCUUCCUCGUCACCAUGGUCUUCCUCUUCACCAUGGUCUUCCUCGUCACCAUGGUAUUCCUCUACACCAUGGUCUUUCUCGUCACCAUGGUAUUCCUCUACACCAUGGUCUUCCUCGUCACCAUGGUAUUCCUCUACACCAUGGUCUUCCUCGUCACCAUGGUAUUCCUCUACACCAUGGUCUUUCUCGUCACCAUGGUAUUCCUCUACACCAUGCUCUUCCUCGUCACCAUGGUCUUCCUCUUCACCAUGGUCUUCCUCGUCACCAUGGUAUUCCUCUACACCAUGGUCUUCCUCGUCACCAUGGUAUUCCUCUACACCAUGGUCUUUCUCGUCACCAUGGUAUUCCUCUACACCAUGGUCUUCCUCGUCACCAUGGUCUUCCUCGUCACCAUGCUCUUCCUCGUCACCAUGGUCUUCCUCGUCACCAUGGUCUUCCUCUUCACCAUGGUCUUCCUCGUCACCAUGGUAUUCCUCUACACCAUGGUCUUCCUCGUCACCAUGGUAUUCCUCUACACCAUGGUCUUCCUCGUCACCAUGUUCCGUUCGCCACUGGAUGAGGUGGACAGCACAUACUCUGAUCUCAUGCUGCACAACCGAGUCCGGUGGCUGUCCAGAGGAGAGAUGCUGAAACGUUUUGCUGCAUGUCUGGGAGAGGUGAAGACUUUCAUGAGUAGCAAAGGGCUCAUCUUUCCUGAGCUGGAACAGCCAGAGUGGCUGGAAAAGCUGCACUUCAUGGUGGACAUGACAGCGAACCUGAACACGCUGAACACAACGCUUCAGGGGAGAGGAGGCACAGCGCUACACAUGCUGGAGGAGGUGUUAGCGUUUGAGCGCAAACUGACAGUUUUAGCCAGAGAUUUACAGAGAGGCACACUGUCUCACUUCCCCUCUUUAAGGGAGUUCAAACAAGGUCACAAGCUGAUCAAUUCAGAGUAUUUGCAGUCUGCAAUCACCACAAUGCAAGCAUCGUUUGGGAAACGAUUCCGUGAGUUCCGAGAGGAAAAAAACACAAUGUCCUUCCCCGUCACUCCCUUGAACAUCGAUCCAUCCCUGCUAAAUGUGACUGCAUUUGCAGGUGUAAGUCAACCUGAUCUGGAGCUGAAGCUGGCUGACAUAGCUGACAAAGACAUGUGGGUGUCCAAAUUCAAACGCUUGACAGAGGACCUUGAAGAUGUUGCCCGUCAGAAGGCCACUCUUGCUCAGAAUCACAAAUGGAGUGAUAUUGAGAACCUUCCAAGACCGGACAAACUCGUGUUUGAAACAUGGAAUGCCAUCCCCGACACCUACAGUACAUGA